GUCGGGACUGCAUCCGGGUCGGGAGGCGUGCUCGGCGGCGCGCGGGACUUUCCAGAGGACGGCGGGGCUGCGAGGGGAAUGAAGGAUGGCAGCGCGCCGUGUGUUAAAAGCUGUUUUGGUAGAUCUCAGUGGCACACUUCACAUUGAAGAUGCAGCUGUGCCAGGCGCACAGGAAGCUCUUAAAAGGUUGCGUGCCGCUUCUGUGAUGGUUCGGUUUGUGACCAAUACAACCAAAGAGAGCAAGAAAGACCUACUGGAAAGAUUGAAAAAACUGGAGUUUGAUAUCUCUGAAGAUGAAAUAUUUACUUCCCUGACAGCAGCCCGAAACUUAAUAGAGCAGAAGCAAGUCAGACCCAUGCUACUGGUUGAUGACCGUGCACUGCCUGAUUUCACAGGAGUUCAAACUCAUGACCCCAACGCUGUGGUCAUAGGACUGGCACCCGAGCACUUUCAUUACCAGCUUCUGAAUCAGGCAUUCCGGCUACUCCUGGAUGGAGCCCCUCUGAUAGCUAUCCACAAGGCCAGGUACUACAAGAGGAAAGAUGGCUUAGCCCUGGGACCAGGCCCAUUUGUGACUGCCUUAGAGUAUGCUACAGACACGGAAGCCAUAGUAGUGGGGAAACCAGAGAAGACAUUCUUUCUGGAAGCGUUGCGGGAUACUGACUGUGCACCAGAGGAGGCCAUCAUGAUAGGAGAUGACUGCAGGGAUGAUGUUGGUGGAGCUCAGAACAUUGGCAUGCUGGGCAUCUUAGUUAAAACUGGGAAAUACAAAGCAGCAGAUGAAGAAAAGAUUAAUCCACCUCCUUACUUAACUUGUGAGAGCUUCCCUCAAGCUGUGGACCACAUCCUGCAGCAUCUCCUGUGAACCAGCAUGUGUUCGUCUGGACUGGAUGGAUGCCUUUCCAACAAGGCGGCAUCAGUAGGCUGUGCCAUCCAGUGCUGAUCCUGUUUAACCCUUUCAUUGUGCAUUAAUUAGAGAGAGGUGUAUUGAAUUGCAGCCAGCCCUAAACCUUGCUAAUCUCUUUUGUUUUAUAAAAGAAGAUGAGACCUGAAGAAAGGGAGAGCUGAGAUUUUGUGCCACUCCUGUUAAAAUAUUCAUCAGGUUCACUGGGCUGGAGCAGGUUCCUGCAGGCGCAGAGGAGCAGCAGUUCUCCAUUUCUCUGUGGUGGAAAUGGGAGGAUCCUCUGUGAGCUGAAAGGUGCAUUAGGGCUGUCAUCAGGAUGCCAGAGUUCAGCUGUGAAGCCCUGCAGACAAGCCACAGAGAAGCCAGAUAGCACAGCAUGGUGAGUCCUUCAGCUGAGAUCCAGUGAAGUUGCUUUAACAGAUGUGGAAAGCCAGAUCUUCCACUGUAUUCCCAGCACAGAUGACUUUUUUUCUCUUCAUUAGCCAGAGAUGACUAAUUUAAAUUUAGAACCCGAAUUUAAUUUAAAAUAAUAUUUCCAUUAAUAACCUAUUCAUUGCAGAUACCUAUUAUACUGUGUAACAGUUGUUUUGGAAAUUUUAUGUAAAAUUAAAACUAUCAGUAUUUUACAGA